UCGAUAGAGUAUUGAGCGAUGGGACGUCGGAAAUCUAAAAGAAAGCCGCCACCUAAACGGAAGAAUAUUGAACCGCUCGAUCAGCAAUUCAAUUGUCCGUUCUGCAAUCACGAGAAAUCCUGUGAGGUAAAAAUGGACAAGGCAAAAAACUCGGCAAAAAUAUUAUGUCGUGUGUGUUUGGAGGAGUACCAGACAGCGAUAAACUUCUUAUCUGAACCAGUAGAUGUGUACAACGAUUGGGUGGAUGCUUGUGAGACAGCGAAUUGAUAUUGCGAAUGGCAACUAGGGUCUGUAACGUGUACGUGCGCUGGUAAAUUAUAAGAGAAA